AUGGAGGGUUUCCUUCUUGACCUUGCAAAGGAUCAAGUCUCAAAUUUGGUGAAUCUAGUGAAAAAUGAAGUUCAAUAUUUAUGCUGUUUCAACAGUUAUGUUGAAAAUUUUUGUAAAGAAAGGGAAAGGUUGCUUGCAAAGUGCAAGGAUAUCAACAUAGAUAUAGGAAAAGCCAAAGGUGCUUCAAAAGUCACAAAUGAAGUGCAGCAGUGGGCAAGUGAAGCAAAUGGUCUCAUUAACUAUAACAUUAAAGCAAAGAAGUGCUUUUUUGGCUUAUGUCCUAAUUGUUGGUGCCAAUAUCAGUGCGGCAAGGAAUUUGCACAAAAGACUCUACAAAUAGAAGACCUCCUCAAAAGAUGUAAUAACUUGAGCAUAGUGGCAGGUCAAGUGGAUGUUUCAAGUAUAAAAUACUAUUCACCACAAAUCUUCCUUGAUUUUGAGAGUAGAAAGUCAAAGUUCCAAGAGCUAAUGAAGGCAUUAGAAGAUGAAAAUUGUAACAUGGUUGGAUUACAAGGCCUAGGGGGAACAGGAAAAACCUCAAUGGCAUUAAAAGUCGGUGAAAAUCUUGAAGGAUCUCAAUUUGACAAAGUUAUCUUUCUUUUUGUGUCUAAGCCUCCUGAUUUUAAAAACAUUCGACAUGAAAUUGCAAGACAUUUAGAUUUGAAAUCAAAUGAUGACAAGGAGGAAGAACUCUCGAAGAGAAUAUGGUCCAAAAUCACUAGUAUGGAAGAAAAGCUACUUGUAAUACUAGAUGAUAUGUGGGAAGAGUUUGAUCUCAAGAAAGAGUUAGGGAUUCCAUCUGUUCUCCAGCGUAAGGGUUGCAGUGUACUAAUAACUACACGCAACUUAAACAUUUGUCAAAAUAUGGGAUGCCAAAAGACAAUUCAACUAGAGAAGCUACAUGAGGAAGAUGCAUUGAAGCUUUUCCAUAUAAAUGCUAGUAUUAAUAAUUCCACCAUUUCUAAGAGUCUAGUUCAAGAUAUUGUGAAGCAAUAUGGAGGAGUACCAGUUGCAAUUGAAGCAGUUGCAAGAAUGUUAAAAAAUUGGCCUCCCAAUGAUUGGAAGAUUGCUUUGAAAACCUUGAAGAGUUCUAAGUCAAUACUUGAUGUCAAUGAUGAAAAUUUAAAAGAUGUUGAUAAAUGCUUGAAGUUAAGCUAUGACAACUUGAAGAAAGAAAAGGCCAAAGAACUCUUUUUGAUAUCUUCCAUGUUCCUAGAAGAUGAAGAAAUUCCUGUUCAAGUUUUAAGCAAGAUUGGUAUAGGGUUAAGCUCUUUUGGAGAAAAUGACAAGGAUUAUUCAGAAAAAAUAUUGGAAGUGCAUGCUGCUAUAAGGGAACUCACAAGUUCUUCUUUGCUGUUAAGUAGUGAAAGAGAUCUUGUGAAGAUGCAUGAUUUGGUUCGUGAGGUGGCCUUGAGGAUAGAAGACAAAUAUAUUCAAUCAAUCACGGAUUUGAAAAAGCCUAUAAAAGAGAACUUGAGAUAUUUGCUUUGGAAGAAUGAUAACUUUCCUGAUGAAUUUAAUGGAAAGAAAUUAGAGUUCCUAUUAAUCUUUUUAAGUGGUUCAGAGGAUUUAGAUCUCUCAGAAACAUUCUUUAAUGAGAUGAGAAACGAACUAAGUCAUUUAGUCUCAGAUGCAACAUUUAAGAAACUUGUGAAAAGAGCCGAGCUUCUUAUCUUGGAAGGAGAGCAUGAACAAAGAAUAUGGAAGAAUCUUGUCCCUGAUCUUGUUGCAAUAGAUGAGGAAGAAACAUUGAAUGAUUUGAUUAUUCUUCAUUUGAGCUCAUAUCCUCACAUGGAGUGUCUUGUAGAUACUAAUGGUCAUAAUUCUGGUGUGACUGCUUUUUGUAAUUUGGUUGAACUACACCUCUCUAGAAUGGACAUUGAAGAUUUAUUUUCGGGUUCUCAACCGUCUAGCUUUUUGGAGCAAUUAGAGAUCAUGAGGUUGAAGGAGUGUUAA